AUGAGAUCUGGUACGAUGAAGUCCACUAGAACAUUCAUCACUUGCUUUGUACUCUGCUAUAUACUUCUGCUUGCAUUCUCUAACAUCUUCAAUCGCCAGCUGUCAGAUCUUGACGCACAUACUGUUAGUACCACAGGCUCCAAUGAUUGUCAAAAACCAAGAGAUAAACUGCUCGGAGGACUUCUUGCUACAGAUUUGACGAAAGUUCUUGCUCAAGUAGAAAACAUGUGGUCUAGGAUCUCCGGUAUGAUGAAGCUCACCAUAACAAUCGCCAUUUGCUUUGUGCUUUGCUUGGUGCUACUACUACAAUCAUCUUACAUUUUCAACAGCCACAAGUCUGAUCUUCCAAUGUCCGGAGGGCUUCUUGCUACAGAGUUUGAUGAGGAGUCUUGCUUGAGUAGGUAUCAUCAGUCGUCUUUGCGGAAGCCUUCACCAUACAAAUCAUCUGCAUCUCUUGUCUCUAAGCUUAGAAGCUACGAAAUGCUUCACAAGCGUUGCGGUCCAGGCACAGAUGGUUACAAGAGAGCAACAGAUAAGCUUGGUAAUAAGCAUGAGAAUGGUAGUAGAUCUGUUGGUGAAUGCAGAUACAUUGUGUGGCUUCCAAUGGCUGGUCUUGGAAACAGAAUCAUUUCUCUGGUUUCUGUGUUCCUCUAUGCUCUCUUGACAGAGAGAGUCAUUCUUGUUGACCAACGCAAGGGUAUAACUGAUCUCUUCUGUGAGCCUUUUCCAGGUUCUUCUUGGUUGCUUCCACUGGAUUUUCCAUUGACAGAUCAGAUAGAUCGCUUCCAGUGGGGACACUCACAUCGUUACGGAACAAUGUUGAAAAACCAUGCCAUUCACUCGACUGCACUACCGUCUUACCUCUUUCUUUAUCUGAUGCAUGAUUACAAGAAGCAUGAUAAGAUGUUCUUCUGUGAACAAGAUCAGAAUCUCAUCGGGCAAGUCCCUUGGCUGGUCGCCAAAUCUAACCUCUACUUUAUUCCAUCUCUAUGGUUAAUCCCUAGUUUUCAAACCGAACUCAUCAAGCUAUUCCCACAGAAAGAUACUGUCUUCCACCAUUUGAGUCGGUAUCUUCUUCACCCUACAAACCAAGUUUGGGGUAUGGUCAUUAGAUCCUACAACGCUUACUUAGCCAGAGCAGACGAGAGACUUGGGAUUCAAGUAAGAGUCUUUAGCAGGCCUGCUGGAUAUUUCCAGCACGUCAUGGACCAGAUCCUAGCCUGCACACAAAGAGAGAAGCUCUUGCCUGAAGUUUCUACACAAGAAGAAUCAAAAGUCACUAAUACUACAUCAAGAAGCCAGAAACUUAAAGCUGUUCUUGUCACAUCUCUGCAUCCAGAGUACUCUGAGAACUUAAAGAGCAUGUUUUGGGGACGACCAAGUACGGCAGGAGAGAUGAUUAAAAUUUAUCAACCAAGUGGAGAAAAGGUUCAACAAACAGACAAGAAGCUUCACGACCAAAAGGCGUUGGCCGAGAUCUACCUCCUGAGCUUAACUGACAACAUUGUCACAACCGCAAGGUCUACAUUUGGAUAUAUUGCUCAUAGUCUUGGAGGGUUGAAGCCAUGGAUACUCUACAAGCCAGAGAACAGCACAGCUCCUGACCCACCAUGUGUCCGAGCCAUGUCGAUGGAGCCUUGUUUUAUUAGAGCUCCGCGCUAUGGUUGUCAAGCCAAGGCAAUCAAAAUCUCCCCUUUUGUAAUGAAUUGUGAGGAUUGGAUUCCAGGGCUUAAGCUAGUUGAUGCCCCAAAUGGAUCUUCUUCCAGGACCCUCAUUGUUCCCUAA